AUGCCUCCUAAAACUCCAUCGAAAGGUUCAAAAAAAGCUGUAACCAAAACAACAAAAGGUUCAGCUGGUGCCAAAAACACCGACAAGAAAGUCAAACGUAAACGAAAAGAAACUUAUUCAAUUUAUAUCUACAAAGUACUCAAACAAGUUCAUCCAGACACUGGUAUUUCAUCGAAAGCUAUGUCAAUUAUGAACUCAUUCGUUAACGACAUUUUUGAACGUAUCGCCGCUGAAUCAAGCCGUUUAUCUCAUUACAAUAAACGAUCAACAAUCAGCAGUCGCGAAAUUCAAACAGCAGUUCGACUUUUAUUACCAGGUGAACUUGCCAAACACGCUGUAUCUGAAGGUACAAAAGCUGUUACCAAAUAUACAAGUGCUAAAUAA